CUAUAUUUUGCAUUUUCAACUACCAUAAUAAAAAGAACUUACCUUGAAUUACAAGAAUCACUUAUGAGAGAACGUGAAAUGCUAAUACUAAAUUUUGAAAACUUACCUAAUUUGUAUGUAAAUGUUCACCUUUCACAACAUGCUUGUAAUUUCAGAACACUUGUAAAUAGGGCUGUUGGUGCGAAAGAAAUGGUUCAUUACACAUUCAAGGGCAUGGUAUCACACACAAAUCGUAAAGUAAUUGAAUUGGAUCUUACCCGAAGGUAUAACACAAUACAAGCAUUAAGACAUAUUAUCGAUAGUUUAACGGAUCCUCGUUUUGACACAAAUACCAAUACAUUUAAAAAUCCACAUACAUUUAUGAGUAAACAGGAAUUCAAAGAUGAAAAUGAUGGUCUAUCAAAAAGAUUAGAUGAUAAACAUCUACUUUUUCAGAAUCUUUCUAAGUCAUAUUUGGAGCAUUUUGAAUCAAAAGUUGCAUUAUUGAAUAGAAAGGUGGAUUUUUAUAAUUUUAUUGCAUAUACUAUUCUUGGAGAUAAACAGGGUCUUAUUCAACUAAAGGUUCAUGUUGGUAAUAUUGUAGAAUUAUCUGAAGAAUCUGAAG